AUGGACGAAAUUCUCAACAUUCCAGCAGCAGUGAAUUUUGAUGAGUCAAUAGCUCAUUAUGAAAUUCAUGCUCAUCAACCGUAUGCUUCAUCCUCUUUUAACAAUAGUGAUGAAAUUCGAAUUGCAGUUCAACAUCAAGAUUUAUGUAUUCUACCGAGUAAAAGUUCAUUGCACAUAUUUGGAAAAUUGACUAAAAAUGAUGGUAUUGCCGUUACAGAAAACGUGCACUUGUCUAGCAAUGCAAUAUGUUUUUUAUUUGAUGAAAUUCGCUAUGAAUUAAAUGGUAUCGAGAUUGAUCGAUGCAAAUACGUUGGACAUACAACUAUAAUGAAAAAUUUAGUAUCUCUGACUCCACCUCAGCUAAAUCUAAGUGAGAAUGCAGGGUUUUCAAAAAUUUCAGCUGAUUCAAGAAUUACUUUAGAAAAUGGAUAUUUUGAUGUUACAAUACCACUUGGCAUGAUUUUUGGUUUUGCUGAGGAUUAUAAGAAAAUUCUUAUGAACGCUAAACAUGAACUUAUUUUAACAAGAGCACGUAAUGAUACUAAUGCUAUAAUACAAACAGGACAAGGAGCUGAUGAAGAAUUUAAAAUUUUCAUCAAUAAACUAGAAUGGAUGGUACCAUACGUUUUACCAGCUGAUAAUACAUCAGUAGAUGUACGUUUAGAAUUUGAAUCAGGAAAUAAUAUGCCGGCUGAGACCACUGCAUAUUGCCUCAUUAUCCAUGACCGCGUUGUACAAUAUAAACCAAUCAGCGGCGUAGUCAAGAAGUUGCUGUAG